ACGCAUUAGCAAAGACGCACUUUCUCACUUGUGAAUCACACUCAUCUCGGACUCGCGUCAUCAUGUCUUCCAAAUACUCUACUUUACCUGACAUUGAUGACCAACCUGAUGUCUUUGAAACAGAAGACAGCGAAGGGAACGAUCACAUUCGCAGCUUUGAGAGUCAGGAAGCGCAAUAUAGUGAUGACGAAAACGAAGACGUCGAUAAGCAAGGAGUGCCACUCAAAGACGCCGCUUCACGUUUCCAGGGAGCGGUUGUAGAUGCAUCUGACACAGAUUUUUCAGAUCGUCUGACUCGACGCCGUAAGGCCAUGUAUCGAACUUUCAUUAAACGGUCAACAUUGGAAACAUCGGAAUAUGAGCUACUUCCGAAAGAUCCUACAUUGCAUGAGACGUCACUUCAAAAGCUCCGUCGCCUUCAAUACGAACUCCAGGAGCUGUCGGAUGAAGUUGAAAAGAAGAAGGAGGAUGAAGUGACCAGUACAGAAGUGCGUCAGGGCGACCUCCUGUCGCAGAUAUCAUACCUACAGUCUGACCUCUCUCGAAUCAGCAGCAGUCUUACUGGCCGCGGAGAGGAUGAGCAGGAUGGAUUGACAGCACAGGCCGCAGAGGCUCGACAACUAAUCAAACAAUUGGAAGUGUACAAAAGCAUCGUUGCUGCUGACGACCAUGUUCCAAAUGAGCAAGAGAAAGGUGCUGCCCCAGCUAAAGAUGCAAAUGGAGAGACUUUGACCUAUGAAUUGUUUUACAACCCUAAAACAGCGCAACAUUUCAAGCAAGCCCAAAUUGUUGAGAUCGAUAGCCGUAUUGCAAAGCUUGAACAAUUGAUCGGUUACAGCUCUGGUGAUAACGUCGAUAGCUUGCCAAAUAACCUGUCAUCGACCUCCAUUGUUGCCUUGGUGUCGAAGCUGGAAAAGCAAAUGACUGUCUUAUCUCAACCAAGACAUUUGGACAUGAUUAGCAGACGAGUCAAAUUGGUCAACAGUGAACUCGAUAAACUCAACGAGCUUAAGCAUGGGAAAGGCGAAGCUAUUAACAACAGCAGUUACGGGAACAACCAGAAAAACGGAGAAGUAAAUGCUGUCUCAGAUGCUACGGACGAUAGAAUCAACACUCUAUUUGACUUGAUGAAGAAAGUCGAACCUAUGUUAAACAUAACUCCGGCAGUACUCACACGAUUAAAGGCUCUUCAGGGGCUUCAUACGGAGUCUGCAACAUUCUCUGAGUCGAUCAAGAUGAUAUCUGAGGAACAGGCGAAAAUCACUGACGAGUUAGAAAAUUUAGGUGGAGUCAGCAACAAGCUGCAAAAAUCCUUCCAAGAAAACGAUGCCAAUAUACAAGCUAAUAUGCAAAUCAUGGAUGAUAGAAUGACAGAUCUUCUUCGUCGCAUCAAUAAUCUAAAUACCAGUUCCUAAAUCCUUUUUAUUUUGUUACCUAUACCCUCAAAGCAAAAUCAAAAUAUGAAAUGAUACAUGCCUUUAAGAGACACUGGUUUGAAGUAGAGCAAAAAAUUUCGGUUCAAAAACUGAUGAUUUUAAAAACCGGUU